GCGGUGAAGGCGCCAUGCUCUCUGCAAAGGAAAUUGCGUCUCAGAUUGGGAGCAAAAACCCAGAAGCACCUCAAAUGCUGGAUCGCCUUCUUAGGUUGUUGGCAAGUCACUCUCUCCUUCGUUGCUCUGUUUCCCAACAAGAUCAUAGUCACAGACUCUACAGCCUCUCCCGGUCUCCCCUCGCUCCAAGACCAACCUUGGCUUUGCUUCUCGACAAUGUCUUCUACCAAAGCUGGAAGGAAGUGAAAGGAGCAAUUAUGGAAGGUGGAAUUCCAUUCAACAGGGCUUAUGGCAUGCAUGCCUUUGAGUAUCCAGGCGUAGAUCAAAGAUUCAAUGAGGUGUUCAACAUCAAAACUCUGGUCGACGUUGGUGGUGGUUUUGGGGUGAAUCUUCAUUUGAUCACUUCCAAAUAUCCGCAUGUAAAGGCUAUUAUUAAUUUUGACUUGCCUCAACAUGCUCCUCUCUAUGCUGGUAAAAUAUCUGCAAUUACUCAAUUUAUAGAAACUCUUACGAUGGCCAACUAUUGUAUUGGGAAGGAAUUAAUGAAUUGAAUAUUGAACUUGGUUCAAUUUGUAAUUUCUCUCCUUAAUUCGAAGAUGGAGUACUUGCAUUGGUUUGCCACGUCUCUUCUCCGGGUUAUGGAGAUCUUCAAGUAGAUUACUACUGUUGUCAAAUGUUGGCAGAUUACCAAUACUUUUCCUUAUAUAAAUACAAUUAAGUAAAGCAUCAAUUUUCUAGAAGUGGAUUAUUAAUUUACAUAAAUGGUUACAUUUAUUGUUCGUGCUAACUUAGAGAUUACAU